AUGUUCACGAGCAUUUUCAGGUUCAAGGUCUGGUGGACCACCUAUUGGGCUGGAACUAGCGGAAACGACGUGGAGAACGAAACUCAGAUGAUACUUCUGGAGAAAAACGACUUGGGGCGCCUUUAUGUCCUGAUCCUUCAGCUCCUCGAAGGACCUUUUAGAGCCUCACUCCAACCUGGCUCUCAUAACAAAGACUACUACAUGGACAUGUGUGUGAAGAGCGGGUCGACACGUGUCAGCGCCUCCAGCUUCAGAUCCUGCUUGUACAUGCAUGUUGGCGAUGACCUAUGUAGUUUGGUCAAAGAGGCCAUGGAGGUGUUGAUCUGCCACAACGACGAUCCAAUCGGCCAAGAAGGCAUGACCAGGACAUCAGCUGGUGAGCAAAUGCCAUACAGGCUGAUUGAUUUUAAAGAGAAUUUCAAAUUCAGAAGCUAUGAGGGUAAGAAGAAGGGUGAGGUGGGUGUGUGUAGUAAGGACAUGGGUGCGUUUAUCAAAGACUUGAAAGAGGAGUUUGGGAGUGUAGAGAAUGUGUACGUGUGGCAUGUGCUUUGUGGAACAAUAGAGGACUUGGCGGUGGACAAGAUUGUGAACAAUGGAGUUGGGUUGGUUCUGCCAGAGGUGGCCCACAAGUUGUAUGAGGGGCUCCACUCUCAUCUUCAAUCGGUGGGGAUUGACGGUAUCAAAGUUGAUGUCAUACAUUUGCUGGAGAUGCUAUUCGAGGAGUUUGGUGGUCGAGUUGAGCUGGCUAAAGCUUAUUACAAGGCACUGACUGAUUCCAUGAAAAAGCAUUUCAAUGGCAAUGGAGUAAUUGCCAGCAUGCAGCAUUGCAAUGACUUCAUGUACCUUGGAACAACAGCGAUAUCACUUGGACGCAUUGGGGAUGAUUUUUGGUCUAAGACCACCGAGGCAGCAUAUGGGACAUAUUGGCUGCAAGGGUGUCACACAGUGCAUUGUGCCUACGACAGCUUGUGGAUUGGCAACAUCAUACACCAAGAUUGGGACAUGUUUAAAUCAACACACCCCUGUGCUGAGUUCCAUGCUGCAUCAAGAGCUAUAGGCCCAAUUUACAUCAGUGACUCUGUUGGGAAGCACAACUUCAAGGUUCUUAAGAGCCUUGUGUUGCCAGAUGGCUCUGUAUUGCGAUGCCAGCACUAUGCUCUUCCUACUAGGGAUUGCCUCUUUGAAGAUCCUGUGCAUGAUGGGAAAACCAUGCUCAAAAUUUGGAACCUAAACAAACAAAAGAAGCUGCAGCUCUUGAAGCUUUCAAAGAAGGUAGAGAUUUCGCUUCAGCCUUUCAAUUUUGAGAUCCUCACUGUUUCUGCAGUGAGGGUUUUGCCAAAGAAGUUGAUCCAAUUUGCUCCAAUUGGGUUGGUGAACAUGCUCAACACUGGUGGUGCAAUUCAGUCGCUGGAAUUUGAGGAUGAAGAAAACUCCUCAAAUUUGGUGAGAAUUAGAAUGAAGGGUUGUGGGGAAAUGAGAGUGUUUGCUUCUGAAAAGCCAAGUGCUUGUAUGAUUGAUGGAGAGGAGGUGAAGUUUGAUUUUGUUGAUAAGAGGGUCAAAGUCCAAGUGUCGUGGCCUAACUCUUCAACAUCAACUGUGGUUGAUUUCUUGUUUUGA